CGCUGCUCCGCCUGCGACCACUAGACUUCUGCCCUGCUGGCGCACGGAGAUUUUGGACCUUCCAGGGACGCGCCCGCGGCGCGCUCCGCCCCGGAAACACGCCCCCAGCCGCCUUGGCGCGCUUUAGGAACGGUCUCUUUUGGUUCUUGUGUGUUUUAUAUGAUCCCAGCAGCGUCCGGACCUCGGUUCUCGCGCUCUCAACCCCUGACUCCGCGCAGCGAUGAGCAGGACCCGCGAGGAGGUGGACGCGACCCUGCAGAUCGCCAAGCUGAACCCCGCCGAGCUGCUGCCGGCCGUGCACUGCCUGGGCUUUCGCCCCGAGGCCAGCGCCGCCGCCGCCGGCGACUUCUGCCUCCUGGAGCUGGAGCCCGCGCUGUGCCAGCAGCUGGAGGCGGGAAGCAGCUUUGUGAUUCGUGGUGAUAAAGAUGAGCCAGCUAUACUGUGCAGUAAAGACAAAACAUAUGACUUGAGGAUAGCAGACACUUCCAAUAUGUUGCUUGUAAUUCCUGGUUGUAAAACUCCAGACCAGCUGAAGAUGGAAGAGGCACACUGUAACAUCAUUCACACUGAGAUCUUUGGUUUUUCUAAUAAUUAUUGGGAAUUAAGAAGAUGUAGACCUAAAUUAAAGAAGCUGAAGAGACUUUUGAUGGAGAAUACCUACGAAGGACCUGACAGUCAAAAAGAAAAGGAUUCAAAUUGCUCAAAAUAUACAACUGAAGAUUUGCUUGAUCAAAUUCAGGCAAGUGAAGAAGAAAUAAUGGCCCAAUUACAAGUUCUAAAUGCCUGUGAGAUUGGAGGUUAUUGGAGGAUUCUUGAAUUUGAUUAUGAGAUGAAACUUCUGAAUCAUGUAACUCAGCUUGUGGAUUCCGAAUCUUGGUCUUUUAGUAAAGUUCCUUUGAGUAUAUGCCUUCAGGAACUUGGACCAUUAGAGCCAGAGGAGAUGAUCGAACACUGUCUUAAAUGUUAUGGAAGGAAAUAUGUAGAGGAAGGUGAAGUUUAUUUUGACUUGAGUGCUGAUAAAAUAUGCAGAGCAACAGCACAAAUGUUACUUCAAAAUGCAGUGAAAUUCAAUCUCGCUGAGUUUCAAGAAGUGUGGCAACAGAGUGUUCCUGAAGGAAUGAUAACGAGGCUUGACCAGCUUAAGGGUUUAGCCUUGGUGGAUAGACACUCGAGACCAGAAAUCAUAUUUUUGCUAAAAGUAGAUGAUUUACCGGAGAAUGAUCAGGAACGUUUUAAUAGUCUAUUCUCUCUAAGGGAGAAGUGGACAGAAGAAGACAUUGCUCCCUAUAUUAAGGAUUUGUGUGGAGAGAAGCAAACCAUAGGUGCACUGCUCACUAAAUAUGCACGAUCUUCAAUGCAAAAUGGUGUUAAAGUUUAUAACUCAAGAAGACCCAUUUCUUAAAAGAACAACAGCUAUUCCUUUGGUACUAAAGUUGUUAUAUGAAGUUGCUGGUUAUAAGAAAAAGAUUCUUUUCUGUACUUGUAUCCCAGAUUUUUAAAAACCUAGGGCUUUGAGUCACUUUUCUCCUCAUCUUAAACAUUUUGAAACCACUGCUCUACUUUUUUUUGUAAAUGUAAUAGGAUAUUUCUGUAUUUUUUAAGUUAUAUUUGUAUUAUGUACACAGUGUAUACAAUGUAACAAGGACAAAAGAAAGUAUGUUUAUAUUCUUAUGUUUAGUUUAUUUCUAGUCUAUGAUUUUAUUUAUAGAAAAAAAUU